GAACAAACUCUGUUGUAUCUUGAUAACCUCAAAAGGCAUAUAAGACGAGGCUAUGAAAAAGAGUUGAUGGUUAAAGCAGACGGUCAUUCAGAACCUACAAUACCGGAAUCUGCAUGGACAAUUCCAAUAGAUGAUAAAGAAGAUGACGUUAGUAUGGGUCAAAACCAAGAAGACCAAAGCCAAAAUGAACCCUUAGUGAUAAUAUCAAUACCAAGGUAG